GGAGUGAGGUGCGUGGAACCGAGAGCUAAAAUUGGUUUCGUGGUGAGGAAAAGUGAAGGAACAGGGCGUUACGAUCUGUAUUGUCUUCUUUGAAAAAAAAAAAAAACACAGGGAUCAUCAUUCCUUAUAUCACUGAAUACAACUGACUUGAGGGAUACGAAUCGGAACACUUUUUGCGUCAUGAAACUCAAUAAUUUGACUUUUUCUCAAGGAGACAUGGUCGAUUGAACAUUAAUACAACAUCCAGCCAAAAACAAAACAAACAAACAAGAAGAAAAAAAAACGUAACAUUUUAACAACAUUGCACAUUUUUCUCCAAUAGGUAUGGAUUCGUCCAUCACUUCCAUUGACUUCCAAAGUAACUGGACAAACACCACGGCGCAGAAUGAAACCGAGAUAUACUGGAACCAGUUUGUGCAACCGGUUUGGAGAAUAGUGCUCUGGGCAGUGGCUUACAGCACAAUUGUCAUCGUCUCCGUUGUGGGCAAUAUCACGGUGAUAUGGAUCAUUUUGGCGCACAAACGCAUGAGGACCGUGACGAAUUAUUUCCUCGUCAACUUGGCUUUCGCUGAAGCGUCAAUGUCCGCAUUCAACACCGUUAUAAACUUUGUCUACUCGGUGCACAAUGAGUGGUAUUUCGGACUCUAUUACUGCCGGUUCCACAACUUCUUCCCCAUAGCCGCCGUCUUCGCUUCUAUAUACUCAAUGACCGCGAUUGCGCUCGACAGAUAUAUGGCCAUCAUUCAUCCCCUGCAGCAGAGGAUGUCUGCAACUCAGACGAAGCUGGUCAUCGGGGUCAUCUGGGUUCUGGCUCUCCUGCUGGCCUUCCCCCAAUACUAUUAUUCCGACACAGACCAGUUGCCUGGCAGGGUGGUCUGCUACAUCGACUGGCCUGAGUACACUGUCCUGGACUUCAAAACCAUGUAUUUUGUGUGUGUAGCAGUGCUGAUUUACUUCCUCCCUCUGCUGGUGAUGGGCUGUGCUUACCUGGUGGUGGGACUGACUCUGUGGGCCAGUGAGAUCCCAGGAGAUUCAUCAGACCGUUACCAAGAGCAGCUGACCGCCAAACGCAAGGUGGUGAAGAUGAUGAUUGUGGUGGUAUGUACAUUCGCUGUUUGCUGGCUCCCCUAUCACGUCUAUUUCCUGAUUUACCAGUUCUACCCGCACCUGUUCGAGCAUCCCUUCAUUCAGCAGGUCUAUCUGACUAUCAUGUGGCUGGCAAUGAGCUCCACUAUGUACAACCCCAUUAUCUACUGCUGCCUCAAUGACAGGUUCCGUGCCGGAUUUAAGCAAGCAUUCCACUGGUGUCCGUGCAUCCCUGAGGGAUCCUACGAGGGGCUAGAGCUCAAGUCCACCCGGUACCAUCGAACCCAAACUAGUUUGUACAGGGCCAGUCGAAUGGAGACCGCCGUGUCCUGCGUGAUGCAGGAUGGCCAAAAGGUCAUGUUUGGGAGCAUCAGGGGGUCCGCAGGGAGACCGGCAGUUCACAGCCCCUCCAGGGAGUUCCCCUCCAAUGGCUCGUCCUCUCGCAGCAUCUCCAAAACCAUGUCAGAGACCACCAGCUUUUACUCCAGUAAUAACCUAUAAGAAUGAGAGUGCAGAAGCUCGAUUCAA